AUGGCUACUAGCAAAAGUCAAUCGUCCGAAGUAUCUACCUCAAAGAACAAAACAAUCAGUGAGCCAACUACUCCUAAUCUUGAAUCAUUCACAUGUUUAUGGCUGGAUCAAAAUGUUGAUUCGACACAGGACAAUCGAGAUACUCAACAAGAACUUCGUAAAAUCAUCAAUCAUCUUCGAACAUUUGAUAAUAGUGAUCAAUGUGAACAGUACAUUCGAAAGAUCACUCAAGAAAAGGUUAUUCUUAUUGUAUCAGGUUCAUUAGGUCGACAAGUCGUACCUCGACUUCAUGAUCUUCCACAAUUUUCUGCAUGCUAUGUCUUUUGUCAAGAUAAGAAAGCCAAUGAACAAUGGGCUAAUAAAUAUUCCAAAAUCAAUGGAGUUUUUGUUGAACGUGCUAAACUCGUUGCUCAAAUUUCUAAAGAUCAAAUCGUUCGAGCCAAAGUGGAAGAUGGUACUUAUAUAUCAGUAAUUACUUCUUGUUCUAAAUCUCUUCAAGCUCGUAAUGCUAUUUUUAUGUGGUUCCAGUUAUUUAUUGAGGUUCUUCUUCGUAUGCAUCACAAGUUUAGUGAUCGUAAAGAACUUAUUGAUAUUUGUAAGAAGAGUUACAAGAAUAACUAUGAAGAAAUGAAAAUCAUUGAUGAAUUUGACAAGAACUAUAAGCCAGAAAAUGCAGUUUGGUGGUAUACACGAGAAUCAUGUUUUUAUCGAAUAGUGAAUAAAGCGUUACGUGUUCAAGAUUUUGACAUGUUAUUUGCUCUUAGAUUUUUCAUCACGGAUAUCGCCAAGCAAAUUAGAAAUGAAUAUGAGGAGUUUAUUCAUAUAAGUGAAACUCGAAAUAGUAUUCGAGUAUAUCGUGGUCAAAUAAUUGGAAAUGAUGAACUUGAAUUGAUGAAGAAUAAUAUUGGUCAGUUCCUUUCGAUGAAUUCAUUUUUAUCGACUAGUCGUAAUCUAUCGACUGCUCUUCAUUUUGCUCGACUAACUCCAGUUAUUGAUGGUAUUCAACGCAUUAUCUUUGAAAUUGAAAUCAAUCCACGUUUACAAACGAAGGCUUUUGCUGAUAUUACUAAAACAAGUUAUUUUCAACAUGAAGAUGAAGUAUUUAUCAUGCUUGGUGCAUUAUUUCGGAUCGAAACAGUCAUGGAAGAUAAAAACGAUCGAGUAUGGGUAGCCCAUGUGUCUCUAGCAAGCGAGGAUGACUUUCAUUUAAAAGAGACAUUUGCUCAUAUGAAAGACACUAUUGGUGACGAUACUGAUCUGGAUACUCUCGUAUAUGUUGAAGAACAAACACAAUUUCAUGAUUAA